AUAGGCCUUGAGGCUGAGCAAAUCCUUUCAGAGAAAUACCUGAAAUAAAAGACAACAGAUAGGGACGCAGCGAAGGCAGAGGGAGGCAGAAGGGCCAAUAGCCUCGGACAAGGGAAUCGGUACAAUCUGGCCGGUGUUUGCUGAUGAUAAUGCGCCUUUCCAAAGCCCUAAUAGACAUGGAGAUGGCAGAUUAUAGCGCGGCACUAGACCCGGCGUAUACCACCCUGGAGUUUGAGAACAUGCAGGUGCUGGCUAUGGGCAAUGCAGACACGUCUCCAUCAGAAGCAGCCAACCUCAACACUUCCAACAGCAUUGGGGUGAGCGCACUGUGUGCCAUCUGUGGGGACCGCGCCACGGGGAAGCAUUAUGGGGCUUCCAGCUGCGAUGGCUGCAAGGGCUUCUUCAGGAGGAGUGUCCGGAAGAACCACAUGUAUUCCUGCAGGUUUAACAGGCAGUGUGUGGUAGACAAAGACAAAAGGAACCAGUGCCGAUACUGCAGGCUAAAGAAGUGCUUCCGAGCAGGAAUGAAGAAGGAAGCUGUACAAAAUGAACGGGACCGAAUCAGCACCCGCAGAUCAAGUUAUGAAGACAGCAGCUUGCCCUCCAUCAAUGUCUUACUGCAGGCAGAAGUCCUGGCACAACAGAUAUCAUCCCCGGUUCCUGUGCUCAAUGGAGACAUCCGAGGGAAGAAGAUUGCCAACAUCUCCGAUGUGUGUGAGUCCAUGAAGCAGCAGCUGCUGGUGCUGGUGGAAUGGGCCAAGUACAUCCCUGCCUUCUGUGAGCUGCCCUUGGAUGACCAGGCAACGCUGCUGCGAGCGCAUGCAGGCGAACAUCUGCUACUGGGAGCUGCCAAGAGGUCCAUGAUGUUCAAGGAUGUCUUGCUGCUAGGGAAUGACCACAUCAUCCCCCGGAACUGCCCUGAGCUGGUGGAGGUGAACCGUGUGGCCAUCCGCAUCCUGGACGAGCUGGUCCUCCCCUUCCAGGAGCUGCAGAUAGACAACAAUGAAUAUGCCUGCUUGAAAGCCAUCAUCUUCUUCGACCCAGAUGCCAAAGGACUGAGCGACCCCUCCAAGAUCAAGCGGAUGAGGUAUCAGGUACAGGUCAGCCUGGAGGACUACAUCAAUGACCGGCAGUAUGACUCACGGGGCCGCUUCGGGGAGCUGCUGCUGCUGCUGCCAGUGCUGCAGAGCAUCACCUGGCAGAUGAUAGAGCAGAUCCAGUUCGUCAAGCUCUUUGGCAUGGCUAAGAUUGACAACCUGCUGCAAGAGAUGCUGCUGGGAGGCUCAUCAAGUGAAACGCCGCAUGCUCACCACCCCCUGCACCCUCAUCUGAUCCAGGAGAACCUGGGAACAAACGUCAUUGUGGCCAACACAAUGCCUCCUCAGAUGCACAACGGGCAGAUGUCUACUCCAGAAACUCCACAGCCAUCCCCACCUGCAGGCUCAGGGCCAGAGCAAUACAAGCUGCUGCCUGGAGCCAUUGCAACCGUGGCCAAACAGCCCACCUCCAUCCCACAACCUGCCAUCACGAAACAGGAGGUCAUCUAGCAACCUGCACACCAGCUGGCCUCAUUCAGAAGACCGUGUGGGAUAAAAGCCCAAACUGCCUCUGUCACUGUGAAAAGAGAACCCAUCCAGAGUUCCCUGGGCGCAAACACGCGGACUUGCUUCUUGGACUGGUCCACCACCACCAAAAGCUGUCUUCCUGCAGCUACAGACAGCACGUGCCAUGGGCAGCCCUGAGCCCCAGAACUAAGGCUGAAGCCUUAUUGAAACCCUCAGUCCUUGUGAGAAGGGCCAGAUUUCUGCCUCCCUCUGUGGGGAGGUUGCAGUGACUGGGGGCUGCUCCCCCAUUGCCACCUCUCAGCAUUGGUUCAGCACACAUCAGACCCAGCAAACAAGCAAUUCUCUGUGCUGUGUGAAUGGAGGGCUUCACUCCCACAGCCAUGCCAGCUCCCCAGACAGCCCCCAGCCCAGCCAAACUUGAUGGAGAUGGCAGCUCCCCCAGGAGCAUUGCAUCAAGUGAACCACAUGGGUUUUGCCCAGGCAGCACUGCCAGAACCGCUCCUCAGCCUUGGCUAGUCCCAGGUCUUUGCAGUGCCACCCUACAAUGCACUAAUCCCCCCAAACCAGCCAGGUCUAACACAUCUUUCCAGCUGAUACUGGGGCAAAGUCUGGCCUAUGAGGAUUUUCCACUCUUUGGAUCCUUCUGUCUUUUGCAGUGUUUUGUUAUUUCCGUGCCAUGAUCACCCCCCAGCCACAAGGCUCAGAGAGGCAACCACUGCCAAACCCUUCCCCUACCCCUACCCUACUUACCGCCUCCUCGCUACCUGAACUGGGAAGCUGGGGGAUCAAGGGGUUCAGGAGAUUUCAGCUAAUGGGAUGGGGUCACCCCCGUACAGGCUGGCAGUGGGCAGCAGUGCCCAAAAUAUCACUGGCCCCACUACUGCUUUUCAGCAGUCACAAAACCACUGGAUGCUUACUUGGAAGGAAGCAGGAGGAAGGAUGUACAAAGGGGAGAUGCCUGUGAGGGUGAGAAGAGCCUGAGCCACACAAGCUGGACCAACAUCUUGGGCUGCCCAAGUGCUGGGAGCAUCGUGACUAGGAUCUCAAUUCAGACCCAGCUUUAAUGCUACUAUAUGCCAUAUAAUCUAUUUUUUCCAAUCCAGUGCCACUCCUUCAGCUUAGAGCAAGUGGCUGAUAACAGAUUUAUAGUUCUUUAUAACAUGAUAAGAACUCAUUAUGGCUCCUUCAGACCUUAGAGGGUUUGAGGGCAGCAAUCUCAAAACCACAAUGCUUCAAGUCCUGCAGAGAAUGACACAGGACAAGGAAAUACCCUGUGUCCUCCAAGCCCCUUGGGUCUGCCCCAGCCUUGGCUCUGCACCCACCUGCCACAGUCCCUACUUCUCUGUGCCUGCCUGUGCCUAAACCCCACAGAUCUGAUCUCUGGUUUACAGCUGGAUGCAGGGAAGGAGCCCUCCCAUGCCCAGCACUUGCCUCCCUGGCUGCCAGCAAGCUGGAGCUCACAGAGCCCUGCAGGGCUUCAGCCCUGAGUCACUUCUGGCAGCACAAGGCAAUAGCAGCUCUCACCAGCCAUGGACUAUGUGUGUGUGGUGCUGGCCUUGGGGAAGUUGGAGCUGGGGGAACCAUGGCUGUGGAGAGGUCCCUGGCAGGGAGGAAUCUGAGCCAGCCCGGCCAGGGGAGCUGCACAUCUGCCCCUUGAUUUCCAAUGCAAAAAUGAAACACCUCUGCCUGCGCUGACGGGGUCACAAGUAUUGUACUGUCUCUCAGUGGUGGCAUCAGACCGAGUAAUUUAUUGCAAUGAUGAAUCCAAUCAUUUUCUGUAAAUUAUUCUGUAAAUCACAUUGAUUAUUUAUAAUUGGGAGAUUAAAUGCAAA